GAUCAUCUCUCUUAUCCCUCAACUUUGCCUGUUGCCAGACCAGGCAGCCGAGGUGGACGCUGGCUAUCACCGCUGACAUUCUCAACGCGAUCAAACGCACACGCAGAAAAAUAUAUACGUUCCUCCACCUCGUUUAUCUAUUCUUUAUUUUUUUCGCCGACUUUUCCUGCAGCCUGCUAUUCCGUAACGAUGAUUUUUAGUUUCCCUCUCCAUCGGACUCCCCGAUGUUGUGCAGUCUGCUGCACGAAGGCGUGAAUCUUUUUUGAGUAGAGGUGGAUCUUCCCGGAUACGGCGAGGGGCUAUAAUAAAUAAGAAAAAGAAGAGUUCCACGGAAAUCCCCUUGACAUAAAAAAAUGCCACGGAGGAAACAAGAAGCGCCCAAGCGCGCAGCAGCCUAUUCUCCGGAGGAGCUGACAGAGCACACUGUGGAGGAUGAGGAGGCGGAAGCAGACGACCUGCCCACAGCCCCUCAGGAUGACCUUCCCAUGAAAGAUGAGUUUGUGGAGCAAAGCGGAGAGCCUGCCAAGGAGCAGGCAUGUGACCAGGAAUCAGCUGGGGCAGCAGAGCUUUCAGGACCAGAGAUGGACAGUGAGUCACAUGUGAGUGAGACCAGUGACCGUCUCUCAGACUUUGAGAGUCCCUCAAGAAAAGCCGAGGGCAACUUGGUCACAGCACCUCUGAAUGGUGGCACUAAAACACCUCCCAUAGGCAUGGACACCUUAGAACAAAUGAAGGUUAUAUACUCCAGCUUCCUGACCGGCCCCUUGUGGUCACCGCUGAACUUUAAUUCCACGCCGCCACAGGCGCAGACGUCGGCCUCUACGGAGAAGCCAGCUCGCAGCAACAGCACUAGUAGCAGUAGUAGCUGCAGCAGCGGUAGCUAUGACUGGCACCAGUCUGCAGUGGCAAAGACACUACAACAGCAGACUCCCCAGAGCUGUCACCCUGCACAGUCUGAGCCUAGCCUCUUCAGUACAGUCCAACUCCACAGGCAAAACCCAAAGCUGUUUGGCUCAAUCUUCACUGGGGCCAGUAAGUUCCGCUGUAAGGGCUGUAGUGCCGCAUAUGACACCCUGGUGGAGCUGACAAUUCACAUGAAUGAUACAGGCCACUACCGCGAUGACAACCAUGACAGGGCAGGCAGUGGCUCAAAGCGCUGGUCUAAGCCACGUAAGCGGUCCCUGAUGGAGAUGGAGGGGAAGGAGGAUGCCCAGAAAGUCUUGAAGUGCAUGUACUGUGGCCACUCCUUUGAAUCGCUCCAGGACCUCAGCGUCCACAUGAUCAAGACCAAACACUACCAGAAAGUGCCUCUGAAGGAGCCCAUGGCCCCUUUGGCAGCCAAAAUCAUGUCUUCUAAGAAAAGGGGAUUCGUGGGGUUGGACCUCACGGCCUCACCACAUUCUAGAGAAGGAACCCCCAAAGCUAAGCACCCACAGGCAGACCUGGGUGAACCCCCACAUAAACCUUCCUCCAGCCCCUACACAACUCCUAAUAACCGCUACGGUCACCAGAACGGUGCCAGCUACACUUGGCAGUUUGAAUCCAACAAAUUUCAGAUCCUGAAGUGUAUGGAGUGUGGGAGUUCCCAUAAUACACUGCAAGAGCUGAGAACCCACAUGAUGGUGACAGGACACUUCCUAAGGGUGACCAGCUCAGUGGGGAAGAGAAUUAAAACACUUCCAGAGGCCACCUCCCCCAACCCUGGUAGGGUUACCACACCUACUGAACAGAGGGUCCAAUCUGUCCCACUCGCACCCUCCACCUUCUCUCCUCCACCUCUUCAAACUACGACAAGUGCUCCCGCUACCUCCCCUCCUCUUAAAGAUAUCAAAAAGGAGGAAGUGGAGGAGGAGUGCUCUAAGCAAGAGGCUGUAAGAAAUGAGAAGCGAGUUGCAACGUCAGAUGGGAAGGAGGAGGAUGCUGAGAAGGAGGAAAAAUAUGACAUCUCAAAGUAUAGUUAUCUUACCGAAGAGGAUCUGAAGGAGAGCCCUAAAGGUGGCUUUGAUAUUCUCAAAUCACUGGAAAACACUGUGACAUCAGCCAUCAACAAGGCACAGAGUGGGAAUCCAAGCUGGGGGGGCUAUCCUAGCAUCCACGCAGCCUACCAGUUCCCAAGUGCCCUCAAGCUCCAACAGGGCAGCAUGGAAAAGAAUUCCCAACUGAAGUUCUUGUUCAACGGAGGGGAUGGGGUGCUGUCCUCCCUUGCCAAGAACCAGCCCCUCGUUUCCCCACCUCUUAGUCAGUCCUCCCCAUUCCCCAGCAACAACUUCCAGGCAAUGGAGGAUUUAGUGAAAAAGGUGACUGAGAAAGUAGCAAAAGUAGAGCAAAGGGUGAAGCAGUUGUCUCCAAAGAUGGAGAACCACCCCUCUCCCUGUAGUAGUGAGGCUGGAGAAUCACACAGGGGAGGAGAGGCUGACUCACCUCGGGAAUGGAGGGCGGUCACGCCAACCAAUAGCGACAGGGGAAGCCAUAGCGACAGAGCAUCCCCGGCAACCGAACCCAAGAGGGAGACAGCAGUCAAAUCCCCGCUCGCCUCUACACUGAGAUCUAGUACAGCCAUUAUCACUGGCCAUACUCCUCCAGAGCAGCCCUUUGUCAACCCUCUAAGUGCUCUUCAGUCAGUAAUGAACAUUCAUUUGGGGAAAGCAGCCAAGCCCUCCUUGCCAAACCAAGAUCCCCUGAGCCUGCUCUCCAGGCUUAGCCAGAGCAUGGCUGAGAGGGCUGCUGUGGCCGCUCCUCCCUCACAAACCAAAAAGCCGGAAAGUGUAGUUGAUAAUAGCUUUUGCCAGCCCAGUGAUGACCAGCCUAUGGACCUCACUAAAGGGAAAAGUGAUAGAGGGGGCUCUGUAGGCUCAGCCCCCCUAACCCCUUCAUCCACGGCGUCCUCCAUCUCGCCCUCCUCCCUCUAUACUCCUGCAAAGCUAACGGGUGUCUCUCCCUACACAUCCAGCAGCCCUCUGCAUGAAAACGCAUUGUCGGAUAUCUCAGACAUGCUGAGGAACCUGACUCAGUCCCACCAUGUCCCAAAGCCUCCCUCACGGUCCCGGGUCACAGACAAAGCCGAGAUCGUGGGCUCUACUCAUGACGACGACGAAGCAUCCCUGCACGGCCACAAACGCAAAGGCCGUCACUCUAACUGGAACCCCCAGCACCUCCUCCUCCUGCAGGCCCACUUUGCCUCGAGCCUGAGGCAGACAUCGGAGGGGAAGUACAUCAUCAACGACCUCAGCCCACAGGAAAGAAUGCAUGUGUCUCGUUUCACGGGCCUCUCCAUGACCACCAUCAGUCACUGGCUGGCGAACGUCAAAUACCAGCUAAGGAGAACUGGCAGAACCAAGUUCCUCAAGAACCUGGACUCGGGUCAACCUGUAUUCUUCUGUAGUGACUGUGCCUCACAGAUCCGCACCCCAGCAGCGUAUGUAUGUCACCUGGAGGCCCACCUAGGGUUCAGAAUCAGGGACCUGGCCAAGCUGUCCCCUAAACAGACUGUCAGAGACUCCCACACUCUCUCUGAGAAACUAGUGCCCCUGGAGUCCUUCCUUUCUCCACAAUCACAAGAUGACUGCAGUAGUAAUGGGACAGUGUUCCGCUGCCAGCUCUGCGUCCGUAAAUUUGCCACUAAGCACGCCAUCAAGCUUCACCUCAGCAAGAGCCAUGGGAAGUCUCCAGAGGACCAUCUGCUAUAUGUGAGCGAAGUAGAGAAACAUUAAAUUACUCUCAGCAGUAGACAUAUAUAGGAUGGCUGUUGAAAACAAAAAUAAAAACAGCUUAUUUGAAAGUGUGGUAAUGCACAAUGAUGGCAUGAACUACUCUUAAAAUAGUCAGCACAUGGCGUUUACAUCUAUUCGGCCGAUAAACAUUUCAGAUUUCACCAAAAUAUACUGUAGGUCAAAGAUAUUUAGCGUGAUUUGUUGAGGACAGAUUCUUUCACGAUCAUGGUGAAUCUCUUGACUAGAAGGUCGGCUAAUAACUUGAAAUGUAUUAACUUUAUUGUAUUUAUUUUGUAUUUUUGUGAGGUUGGUUCUGAUUUGCUGGUAGACUGCAUGUUCAACAAGUUUUACUGUUAACAUUUGUACAGUCCUGUCCUGUCCUGUCCACAUUUUAAAAUGCCCUUUCAAACUGGUCAUUUUUUUAACACCUUAAAACAGCCAAAUGCCUGGGAACGCUCUUUUAAAAGAAUCUGCCAAACAGCAAAGGUUCAUUGCUUGUUUUGUUUUUUUGUUUUCUCUGUACAGCCUGUUGAUUUUCUUGCUGAUUGUAAAAGCUGCCUUGUUCUUUAUCAAGUAAGGGGGAACUUAGAAUCCAGGUCUGUGUAAAAAUGUAUAUAUAGUGUAUAAGCUUACAACUUGCUGUUUAAAUUAUGCAUACUUGUUAUAUUUCCUAAUUUAAGAGGACUAUGACUAUCCACUGGUGCAGAGCCUUUGAAGAAGAUGAAAAGGACAUUGUUUUGCACAAUAGUUUUAUAAAUGUUAUUUGAUAAAAAAAAGAAACCAAUACAAAUAUGUUAAUGCCUUGUGCUUCUAUGAUUAAAUUGAAUUAACUGCUGCAUAAAACAUUUGUUUUCUUUCAUAUUUACCACUCAAACAUGUGUAAAUCAAGGUGUAUUAUGAAUCUCUCAUCUAAAACACAAUAUUUCAACAAGCGACAUUUCAAAUCGGUUUGUUAGAGUGGCACAUCACGGUAUUGUCCAAAAUUAUAUUCUCAAGCCGUUAUAAAAUGUUUCACCUGUCUUGCAGGAAAACAAUACAUCUUAGAGAAAAAAAAACUCAUCCCUCCCAAUUUUUGUCCCACCUUGUGAUGACUAAGCAUUUAUAAAUUGGCUGACAGAUUGCUCACGAGGUUGCAUCUGCAGAAACACUGAGCAGAACUUAAAGAAUCCUCAGCAUUUUUAUCUGCAGUUGUCUUCACAACCACAAUUUUUCUAGAUAUUCCCAGUGAUUCCUGUGUCGCCGCGUUGUUGUGAGGCGCACUAGGUGCGAGCGGUGCCACUGCCUGCAAGGCGUCUGGCAGGUGGUGUGUGCUGCAUGUAAACCACCAGAUGUUUCUGAAACGAGCCACUGGAGGAGGAGGAGGAGGAGGAGGAGGAGGCAGGCGGGCUGCAACAGCAGGCAGAGUGGGCUGAUUACCACGGGGGCUUGGAUGCCAUCAGGAGCCCUGGGCACAGACAGCAGAUCUGGCACACACCUGGACUCCAAGACUGUCCCUUGGAAAAAAUAAAGCAGAUCCUAUAUACGCGCGCUGAGACAAGCUGACAGUGGUGCAGAAUGCACAGACAGGUGCUAUUCCCUCAAAACAGGCUUUUGGAUCUAACAAUCUUACUGGCAGGUGUUGAUGCUAUCAGAGUAGUCACAAUUCAGGCUCAGUGCCAUGUAAUGAUAAAGUUUUUUUCCAUGUUUUUUAGUAUGCAUGAUAAAGACUCACACACACAUUUACUUCUCCGAUUUUCCACCAUCUACCUUUUGUCUUAUUUGAAGACGCCUUGGGACACCAUGUUCUUUCUGUUUGAUGUUCCCAGGCUUUGCUUGUCAUCACUGACUGACUGAGUGACUCGGGGCCAGGGAAGUUAUCUGGUUACUAUGGUGACGGCCAUUUGCCCAGCCUCUAACCCUGCUCGCUCACUCAACAGAGGACAGCUCGAGUGCAGCACACCCAUUUACUCUCUUAAAUCUCAUCAUCUCGCUUCAGUUCCUCCCACCCGGGAACAGAUUAAUUAACACACACACACUGUGUCCUGACCCCGUCUUCUCACACAAACUCAUUACCGCCUCAGACUUGCUCCCGGCCCUCCGACGUUUAGGAUACAUUGGUCUAACGUUGUGGGAGAACCCAGUGAUGACUCACAUCUGACAAGGAGAAUAAAGCCCUUAACAAAGGAUGAUAAUUGAAAGAUGGGAUUCAGACCGGUAGCCAUUGAUAAUGCAAAUGAAACAGGCUGAGCUGCCUUAUUGAAUAUUUUGUGAGUUCUCAAAGCUUGCUGAGUCCUUCCAGAUAUGAUCCAUUUUUUUUUUCCAACACUGUAUGUGUUGAUGAAUGCUUUAGGCUUAGCGGUGGACUCGGGGUGAGGAUGGUUGGGGGAGUUAAUGAGAUAGUUGACACUUUGGGGGUUAAUGAGGGGCUGGAGGGAGAGGGCUAAAUGAUUGGACUUCUGCUUGGAUGAGCAUUAUAGUGGCUGCUAGAGGAGAGCAAUGUAGAAGCUAUGGAUCUGCUGUAGCCAAUUAUUUAAUAUGAAAGACACAAACUCCUCUCAGUUGUAUUUUUCUGCGACAAUAAAGAGGAGAUUAGAUGUGUUAUCCAUUGUUCUUUUGUCUUGACUAUCCUUGAGGGCUGGGUAGUUAUAGACGCUGAUGCGCCUCAAUGCUCCUAAAACAAAGUCAGCAGUGAAGGGGGAAGAAAGGAGGCGGACAGGACAGGGAUAGGAUAGGAGGAGAAUGAGUCCCCCCCACUCCUCCACUCCACAGAUCUCCCAUCAGCUCUUGUCAUCCCUCUAAUGAAUAUCAGUUAAAUUGCUCUGUGGAUCUGAGGAGUUUGGAUGUCAAUGUGAUUUGUGUGAGUGUGGCGGAUGGAGGGGCCCAGACUAAUGAAAGGCGAGCCUAGCCUGACAGAGUGAUGAGCAUCAAGCCUAUCAGACCAAUCACACAGGAGUGGCUGACAGCACCGACAGACGGACAGCCGAGGAGCCAUGUAUUUAGGAAAACAAAAUGGCUGCCAAAAUAGUGGUGGAUGUCUUUAGAGCAUGUUGAUGUAUAUGUCACUCCUGCCUCAGUGUGAGUGUGCCGUUGUGUGAACUGAUACGGACAGCUGCGUCAUAUGCAGAAAUAUAUGUGGUUCUGAAAAUGCAUAAAUUGUGGUUUCAGUACGAUUUAUAGACGUCAGCUCUCUUGUGUGUUUUAAUGCUUCACGUUAAUCAGAAAGACUCUUAAAAUAUCAACAGGUUAAGAGGAUAAAAUGGGUAAACGUUAUUAAAAAGGUCCAACAAAUCAAAUGUUCCUCUAAGUGUCGCUGGCUUGACAUCGUAAUUUGAUAAACAACCAUGUCGUUGGCUACAAAUAAACUUCAAGCCUCACUAAACCCCUGCAUGCCAAGAUGGAAGACAAUGUAAGACGUGUUGUCCAUUCACACAGACUCCAUAGGAAAGGUGACAUGAUGUCUUCUGACAGCAGCAAAGGAGACAUGGGUAGAGCCAAGUUAGCUUGACCUUGCACCUCUGACCCCGGUCUCUAAUGUAUGGGAGGAGUCACACGCAUCUACGACAGCCAAUAAAAAGGUCCUUGGCCUGUUUCCAUUUGUACCGGAAAGAAAAUAUUAUAUAAAGCGUUAAAGAAAUUGACUAUAAUGUAAUUUAUGUAAUUGCCACAAAAGA